AUGCUGAGACGCGCGAAAGAUUACUCUCAAGCGUAUUCAAAAAAUAAUCGUCCUUUAAGCAGUUUUUCGGAUUCAUCGGCUUCAGUUUCGACUUUGGGAAAUCAAUGUACAACUCAACCGCAAACUAGUCGGUCAGAAUUUUAUGAAUUGGAAAGUGUUGAUGAAAUGAAUGACGCUGAAGUUAAUAUAGCUUUCGCCGAAUUAUUGUUUUUUAUCGAAUUAGUUAUUUGGAUUUUUUUGCAGAAACAAAUGAAUAUAAAAGGCGAUAAAUUGGAAAGUCUUUUAGCUGAUUCAAAUAUACAAAAAAAGCGAAAAAUGGUUUUGCAAUCUCAGCGACUAAAUCUUUCAAUAAACGAUGCAUCAAAGUCAUGUGCUGAUUUUGUACAACAAAUGGAUCGAGUUCUACAGUCGACUGAUGAUCAACGUCUUACGCUAAGAAAUUUAAUGAAGGAAUUGAAAUUACAACUGAGCAUUCAAAAAGUCGGUUGGAUUGCGCAGUUUGGAAAUCAAGGAGGCAUUCAUUAUUUAUUACAAAUAAUGCGUAAUCUUAUCAAUACUUUGAGAAAUCCAGAGAAUCCCGAUCAUGAAGAGGAAAUCAUUGCUAUUCUUCUUGAUAAUAUUAAAUGUGUUAAAUCAAUUGUCAACACCUGGCCAGGAAUGCACCUAUGCUUUAAAAGUGAUUCAAAAAUGUUUUCAAGGCUUGUUGGAGCACUUUCAGUAACUAUGGGUAAAUCGUCAACGGAUUCAUGGGAUUCUCUUAGAUUUGAAAUACUUAGUUUACUUGCAGUAGUUGCAUUUAUCAAUGACGAUCAGUUUGAAUUGAAAGGUCGAGAAGUUUUGUUGCGAGCUCUUACAGAGGAAGGAAAACGUCGGAAAUGUGAAAGAUUUCGUUGCAUAGUUGACUGUAUAAAGAAAACCAAUCGCCUUGAUGUUAAAAAAGCAUUAAUGUUAGUAAAUAUAAUACUUGACGUGCGAGAACCGGAAGAUACAAACACAAAUACCGACGAUGGAAAAGCAAUGGCAGAACAAGCAUGGCAAAUGCGAAUGCACUGGAGAAGUGAAUUUAUGCGCUCUGGCUUAUAUGAUUGCAUCGAGUUUCUCGAAAAUUGUACUGUUACUUCAGUACAGAUUCAAUAUGAUUCAUUCUGUCGUAAUAAAGAAGCAGAUUUUUCUGAACUUGUUAGCCGUUUCGAGCAAAUUAAAGGUGAAUAUGAUGGGAUUGAUGGUUGCUUCUCACUACUUUUGGCAUCAGUUAAAAAUACUCCUGCAGAAAAUUCACUUUUGAGUAUAUUUCAACAUUUGAUGCUUAUCACUGAUGAUAUUAAUAUCAGGAACAAUUAUUUUCGUUUAAUUGAAAAUUGCAUUUCUGAAAUCGUUUUACCAAAAGCUUGUGUCGACCCAGAUUUCCGAGGAAGAUUUGAAUUUACUCAAGAUAUCUUCCAAUUCUUCGAUGCCUUGAACAGUAAUGAUCUAGUGAAGGAUAAACGGGUUGAAUUGGCUACAGAAGCAAAAAAUGAAGCAGUGGCUAAACUCAGCCAAUAUUAUUCAAAAAUGCAAGAGUUUGCCGAUGAGGCCAAAGGGUUACGCAAACAUAUUGAAGAUCCACAACAACCGAUUCCUGAGCCUACAAAAUGUCAGCUUCCUCCUCCAGAAAUUUUUUCAAGUGAUAAGAGUGACGGUCUACUUCUCCUAUCAAACCUACGUUCCUCAGCUUCUGCUGUUUGUGGUCCUCGUACUUCUGUACCCCCCACUGCCGCUUCAAUUCCUCCACCUCCUCCUCCGCCUCCUCCCCCAUCUCCUGUGCCAAUCCCUUGUAAUAAUGUGCGUGCGCCCCCACCACCGCCACCACCACCACCUCCUCCUCCAUCAAAAUCAAGAGAUAACAUCUUUCAUUCCGAUUCUUCUUUCAGUAAGGCUACACUACUUAUAUCUAAUCUUGCAGGCCCUCUUGUAUCCCCAGAGUUGCCUGAAUAUCUGCAAAAAAAAACUAAAUAUCAAAUCAGUACCCCAUUGAAAAAAAUUGCCUGGUCGUCAGCAGUUAUUAAACCAAACAAGAUAUCGAAAGAUUCAUUUUGGGCACAAACUUGCGAAGAUAAAUUCGCUACCGCAACUUUUCUGGCAACUUUGACAACGAAAUUCGCUUCUUCAAAGUAUUUUUUUAAAAUUCUUUCAUCAAAGAUUUGUCGCCAGUUUGAUGCGUCAUCUUCAUUGCAUUUUGAGAAUGGCAAAAAUACUCUAUCAAAAAAGAAAACAAAGAUUCCUGUCGUUAUAAACGAUGAAAAAAUUUUACAGGCAUUAGCCAUACUUCAAGGAUCAAGCAAAUUGCACCCUAAACAAUGGAGAAAAUGCUUGCUUGAAGUCGAUGAUAGUAUCCUUAGUGCUAAUGAUAUGCAGCAAUUGCGAAAUGCGCUACCUUCGCAGGAUGUGCUUAAAAAAUUGAAUGAAAUAUCUGCAACAAAGUUUGAUGAUAUGCCUGAAGGAGAAAAGUUUGUUGCGACGCUGGCGUCAAUCAACUCUUUAUCUGUUAGACUUGAUUUAAUGAUAUUCAUGUUCAAAUUCAGUGAAGUAAUCAAUGAUAUUAAAUCAAGUAUCUCAGCGGUAAUCGAGGCUUGCGAUGAGAUUCAAAAUUCGACUGGAUUCAAAUUAUUUCUUGAAAUGGUUCUAUUUGUAGGGAACUAUAUGGGUAGCUCAUCUAAAACACAUAAAGACGCAUUCGCUUUUGAGAUGAGUGUAUUGACUAAAUUGACCGACACGAAAGAUGUUGAUAACACUGAAACACUCCUUCACUAUUUAAUUAAUUCACUGAGUGAUUAUAUGGAGGGAAAGUAUGUACGAUUUGUUUUGGAUGAUUUUAUACAUAUAACAAAGGCGUCGCGAACAAAUGCUGAUGAAAUUUCAAGUAGUAUUAAAUCCUUGAACAAUUCUGUUGUUAAAUUGGAAAAUUAUUUGAAGGAUUAUCAAAAACAAUCGCCAAACGAUUAUUUUGGCGAUAAAUUAACACCUUUUUUGGUUUUAUCGAAAACGGAAUAUGAUAUUAUUGACAAGAUGCAUAAUUCAAUGAUUUCGAAAUGGACGUCAAUAUGCAAAUACUAUGCUUUUGAUGCUAGAAAAUAUAGUAUGGAAGCGUUUUUCGGUGAUUUGAAAACCUUCAAAGAGCAUUAUGAACGUGUCUAUACUGAUAUCGAACAAGCGAAACAGCUAAAAGAGCGUGAAAAUCAGCGAAAUAAACGAACUCCACUUAGACCACUUCAAGCCCGUCUUGAUCUGUCCUCCUCACCAUUGAGCCAUGGAGUAAAGAUCAAUGGAAUUUUGAAAAAUGGAAAAGAGACUACUGGUGUCGUAGAUGAAAUAGAAAAGUUCCUUGAAGGUGGAUAUCUGUGCAAUGUGGAAAGGCGAACUCCAAAGAAUACCCCCAGAACAAGAAUUGGGCGUGCUGCGAUGCAGAGGCAAAAAGUUAUGAACAAUGAUUCUUUGAAUAUGACUAAAGGCAAUGGUCAGAAUCCUUUUGAUUCUGCAGAUGUUGGACAAAUCAGGAUUCGAAAAAAAGGACAACCAGCGGUUGUAGUUGAAAAGAACACCCUGAAUGCCAUGCCUGACAAUCAGAAAAAGUACAUAUCAGAGAAUACGGAAGAUCUCCUCGCUCGGCUAAACGAUCUUUGA